AUGGGAUGUGUCCUCGGCCAACAUGACGAGACUAGAAGAAAAGAGCACGUCAUAUACUACUUGAGCAACAAGUUUAACGAUUACGAGAGUAGGUAUUCAAUGCUAGAAAAGACUUGUUAUGUACUUGCCUGGCUUACCAAACGCCUAAGGAAAUACAUGCUCACUCAUACAACACUCUUAAUAUCCAAGAUGGAUCCAGUCAAGUACAUCUUCGAGAAGUAUGCUCUAACUGAUAGAGUAGCCAGUUGGCAAAUGGCCCUGACUAAGUAUGAUAUUCAAUAUGUCACCCAGAAAGAGGUCAAAUGGAGUGUGCUAUAUGACUAUCUUGAUCACCAACCCUUGGAGGAUUACCAUUCUAUAUGUUUUGAAUCACUUUAUAAGGACAUCAUGUUGAUAAGGGAUUGCAACAUCCCCAUCCCCAAAGAAGGACCAGAACUUGGAUCUCGAUGGACACUUGCAUUUAAUGGAGCUUCUAACGCUCAUGGAAAUGGCAUUGGGGCAGUCAUCACCUCCCCAACUGGUUUUUACUUACCUUUCACUGUGAGGUUAUGCUUUGAAUGUACCAAUAAUAUGGAGGAGUACGAGGCGUGUAUCUUCGGUAUUGAGGCUGUCAUUGUGCUUAGGAUCAAAAUUCUUGAAGUUUGUGGAAACGCAUCCUUGGUCAUCAGCCUAAUCAAAGGAGAUUGGGAAGCCCGAGAUCACAAGUUGAUCUUUUACAAAGAGCAUGUCCUAAAGUUGAUCUUGUACUUCGACGAGAUUACUUUCCAUCACAUCCCUCGAGAGGAGAACCGGUUGGCCAACGCCUUAGCAACUUUUUCAUCCAUGUUUAAGGUCAAGUGGAAAAAUGAAGCACCAACUUUCCACCUUGACUACUUGGACGAGCCAACUUACUAUUUGGCAGCCGAAGAUGAAGAUCAUGGCCAUCCUUGGUUCUAG